CGAUGAAUAUGCAUCGCAUUGCGAACGGCAACAGAGCUUGACACUCGCCUCACAACGCCUUUCUCCAUACGCCCUAAAACACAGACGAGCGACUUGCGAUCCCCUACACGAAUUUCAGACAGGGUUUCCUGUCGCUCUGACAAGUUCACUUAAACCUAACGCAUUGAUGUUAUGCAUUCGAAGACAACUACCAGGUCGCCUUCAAUCGCGCCAGGCAACUCAGCGCCGGCCGCUAAGGGUUGCAUGGCGGAGCUUGCCGCGCGUCGCUCCGCCCCAACGCGACGGCAACCAGGCGCCCGCGGUCGCCAAGCGAGCGGAUGGCCCCAGCACCGACCUGCGCGUCAUCCUUGAGCGCUUGGUGCAGUUGGGCCUACCGUACUGGCAAACUGAACCCUCGGCCCGAUGGAAGCUGGCGGGCGUGGUGGGCCUUACCCUCAGCACCACCGUAGUCAGCGUCAUCUUCAACUUCCUGGGUCGCGACUUCUUCACCGCGCUGUCCGAGAAGGACGAGGCCGCCUUCCACUGGCAGCUGGCCAAGUACCUGGGCGGAUUCGCGGCGGGCAUACCCGUGUUCGUGUUCAGGGGCUACUUCCAGAGCAAGCUGUCCCUGGAGUGGCGGCAGUGGCUGACCCAGUCGCUGCUCUCCGACUACCUCUCCCGGCGCGCCUUCUACAGCCUGCAGCAGGGCGGCGAGGUGGACAACCCCGACCAGCGCAUUGCCGCGGAUGUGGCCACCUUCACGGACACCGCGCUAUCCCUGUCGCUCACCGCCCUCAACGCGCUGAUCGACCUGGUUUCCUUCUCCGGCAUCCUCUUCGCCAUCUACCCGCCGCUGUUCGGAGCGCUGCUGGCGUAUGCGCUGGGGGGCACCGCGGCGUCGGUGGCGCUGGGGAAGAACCUGGUCACACUCAACUUCCAGCAGGAGGCGCGCGAGGCCGACCUGCGGUACGGGCUGGUGCGCGUGCGGGAGAACGCGGAGAGCAUUGCGUUCUACGGGGGGGAGGAGCAGGAGCGGGAGCUGCUCAAGCAGCGCCUGCAAGCCGCCGUGACCAACUACCUGGGUCUGCUGGUGGCCUCACGCAAUCUGGACUUCUUCACCUCCUUCUACCGCUACCUCAUCCAGCUGCUGCCGGCGGCGGUGGUGGCGCCGCUGUUCUUCCAGGGCAAGAUUGACUUUGGCGUGAUCAACCAGAGUCAGUCCGCGUUUAAUCACAUCCUCAACGACGUGUCGCUGGUCAUUUACCAGAUUGAGUCGCUGGCCGGCUUCAGUGCGGUGGUGGACCGGCUGGGUGAGUUCAAUGAGGCUAUCAGUGCGAGGAGGGGGCUGCAGGACAGGCAGGAGGCGGCGGCAGCGGAGGAGGAGGAGGAGCGGGAGCGGGAGAAGGAGGCGGCGGUGCUAGAGACGGUGAUAGAGGUGGAGGCAACGGAGGUGGUGGCUGCUGCUGCUGCAGGGGACAGCAGCAAUGGCAGCAGCAGCAGCAGCAACAGUGGCAGUAGUGGCAGCGGCGGGUCAGUAGCGGCGGCAGGCGAAGGGCAGCUAGGCGGGCAACAGCAACAGCAGCAGGAGGAAGCAGCACCGCCGCUGCCCGGCAUUCGGCUGCGCUUCCUGUCAGAGGAGCAGCAGGCGGAGCAACACCAGCAACACCUGCAGCAGCGGCAGCAACACCCGCAGCAGCAGCAGCGGCAUGCAGCAGGGGGCAGUUCGGCCGCCCCUGCUGCCCAGCCGCCCCUGCUGCAUAUCCGGGGUCUGACGCUGGUGACCCCCCGGGGUGGUGACGUGCUGCUGAGGGGACUGGACCUGCAGGUCCCCCGCGGCUCCUCGCUGCUCAUCAUGGGGCCCAGCGGUGCCGGCAAGACCAGUCUGCUGCGGGCGGUGGCGGGGCUGUGGAGCGAGGGCGGGGGGCGAGUGGCGGUGGGGGCGGGGCGGGCGCAGGUGGUGUUCUUGCCGCAGCGGCCCUACAUGGUGCUGGGCUCGCUGAGGGAGCAGGCGCUGUAUCCCAGGCGCUAUGGUGAGGCCUGCAACGGCGACACCACUCCCGCUGACAGCAACGGCAGCAGCAGUGCCCCAACCAGCGGCACCACCACUACCGCCGCCACCAGCAACAGCAGCGGCGACGGAAAUGGUGCUAGCAGCAUCAGCAGCAACGGCGACAGCAACCCCGUUGCUACGCCUGCUGCCUCCUCCUCCUCCUCCUCCCGCCCGCUGCCCAGUGACGAGGAGGUCCUGCGGGUGCUGCGGCUGGUGCAGCUGGGACACCUGCUGGCCAGAUACGCCCACAAGCCGCCCGCUGCAGCGCCUCCCUCCACCAGCAGCGGUACUGACACCAACAGCAGCAACAGCAACAGCACCGGCAACAGCAAUGCACCUGACCACCACCACCACCCCGACCACAACAGCUCCCUCUCCGCCCUAGACGCGGUAGCGGACUGGGCCUCCACGCUGUCGCUGGGGGAGCAGCAGCGGCUGGGCUGGGCGAGGCUGCUGCUGGCGCGCCCGCAGCUGGCGUUGCUUGAUGAGGCAACCUCGGCGCUAGAUCAGGACACGGAGGCAAAGCUGUACAGGGCCCUGCAGCAGUCCGGUAUCACCUACGUCAGUGUGGGCCACCGCUCCAGCCUGCGUGAGUAUCACACCACACUGCUGCUGCUGAGGAACGAGGGGGGCAGCAGCAGCGGGGGGGAGGGCAGCAGCGGAGCGACAUGGGAGGUACGGCAGCUGGCAGCAGGGGAUGGAGCGGCGGCCUCGUCGGCUGCUGCGGCUGCGGCUGCCGCUGGGGGUGUGGGGCAACAGCGAUGAGCAUGCGGGGAAGCGGGGCAGAGGGGUGGAGGCUCUGAGGACGUGAGGAGAUGAUAUGGAGAAGGUGAGGGGAGCUGGAAUUGUUAAUUGAACAUCCACAACUUAGCGGUAGCGCUUAUUCACAAGUGCUUCAGGAGACAGCGUUUGGGUAUGCAGGGAAGAGAGCAGUUCAGGGCGGGUUUGAGAGGCGAACGGGAGUGAGCGCAGGCACGUAUUAGGGACGGAGAGCGGUGUGACGACCCGCGGGUCAGUAUAUUCGUGAGUUGCUUUGUAUAUUACUUUGGUGCGAGAGAUGUGUACAUGCAUUUUACGGACAAGACGAAACAGAAAUGGAGACUCCGUAGUUAACGAGGGAGAGACUACCGGUGGGUGCUGGCAACAGGGAAGCAGCGGAGGCCCCUGCAGGAUGGUACGGCAGGUGAAUUGUACGGUGAAGAGAAAGUACGAUAUAUAUGAUGCAUGGCGGGUGACCUUUCAUCACUAUUGAAAUGCUGUCCCUGGGCAUCUCACAUAUAAGGAGCGUGUACUGUAUUACACCACGACGCGAACGCCUUUAAGGUUGAGCUUGCGCGGCUUCUUGCAACCGUUUUUAGCGUAGUAGCAGGGUUGACACGAGGUGAGAGGUGCAGGCAUGGGGAGUGUGCCCGCUGCAGGUGUGACUCUUGCUGUUGAAGUGUAAACCGCGUCGGAUUCUGUCAAGGAACUCAACCUGUAACACAUAUUCGUGCGUCAUUGCAAUGAUCACCGGCGUUCGAGGGGGUCACGUGGCAUGUGUACGUGUACUCCCAUGCUUGCUACGAUUUUGGCAUGUGUCUUGGAACACCCUUAUUUACGGUAUUACGGGCUGGGACAUGCGGCCACCCUGCAUCUCUUUAUGUAGGUCUCCAGGAACCCGCCGGGUCUAACACAGCCGCCCGCCGCAGCCAACACAGGCUGCAUACAGCAACAUGCGGCACACGGGUUCAAACACAGAGGCACGGACAAUACAAAGUACAAUGGAGGGCGAUCGCGAGUAGGAUAUGGCCGCAACAUGACGGACAUCUUCAUUGCUCUAACGACACGAUAUGGCAGGGAGAGAUAAAGCGUGUGCACCUGCACAACAACAACAAAAGGGUUCGUUUGGUUUCGUUCCAGAUCCAUAGAAAUCAUACAACCGUCCAUCCGAAUACCCAUCAUAACAGCAAUCGUACUUCUUCGUCAGUUUGCAUGACACACCUCCCAAGUUCGACCGCCCUCCGCCCCGUCCGGGCCCCCCAAAGCGCCCUCGCUUAAAUCUCACGCCAUGCACUUAACGACGUUCAUUUCGGCUUCACGAGCAGCGGCAACCCUAGCAGCAUCGGUGCCGCAAGACCUGCCUCUUCCAUGUACUCACCUCGAAUCUCCAACCCACCAAUCGCACCCGCCACAACACCACCAAGCAGCAAUACAAACCAAAGCGCGUGCGUCUAAUAAAAUCUACAAUGUUGCAUGACGAUAAUGGGUACGAGUCAAACGUGGCAGGAAGCUGUACGGGGCACACCUUUACCCCGGUGCAAGGCACCCCUCAGAUGACCAAACGUAGGCGACGGUGAUGACUUUUGAAAAGGGAAGAGGUCAGGGGAGGCUGAAGACCAGAGGAGCCACGCCACGCCGCGUGUGCACCCGCCACAAGCAGUGCUUGUGAAGUGCCGUUCGCGGGG